CGCCUGAUAACUCCCUCCCUGACUUCCGAGUGGUGCGAAUGCGCUAGCAGGCGUUUGGCCGCGUGGUGUUCUUUCGGCAGUUGUAGUGUGCGGAGUAGUCGCCAUGUUAGUGUUGUUCGAGACCGCUGCUGGCUAUGCGAUCUUCAAGGUCCUGGAUGAGAAUAAACUCCGGGAAGUGGACAACUUAUGGCGGGAGUUUGAAACAUCAGAAAAAGCAAAUAAACUUGUUAAGUUGAAACAUUUUGAAAAAUUUCAAGAUACCACAGAAGCUCUUGCAGCUGCCACUGCCCUGGUGGAAGGUAAGCUUGGUAAAAGCCUGAAGAAAGUACUGAAGAAGAUUGCUGCAAAGGAAGCUCACGAGCAGUUGGCUGUUGCAGAUGCCAAACUUGGCGGUGUCAUAAAGGACAAACUUAACUUGAGUUGCAUUCACAAUGCUACUGUUGGAGAGUUGAUGAGAGGAAUUCGAACUCAGGUGAAUGGUCUAAUCACCGGCUUGCCACCUCGUGAGAUAAGUGCCAUGUCUCUUGGUCUUGCACACAGUUUGUCCCGUUACAAGCUAAAGUUCAGCCCUGACAAGGUGGACACUAUGAUUGUGCAAGCAAUUUCCCUACUGGAUGAUUUGGAUAAGGAGCUGAACAAUUACAUCAUGCGCUGCAGAGAGUGGUAUGGCUGGCAUUUCCCAGAACUUGGAAAAACCAUCACUGAUAACUUGGCAUACUGCAAAUGCGUACAAAAAUUAGGAGACAGAACAAACACUGCCACAACAGAUCUUUCAGACAUUUUACCUGAAGAAGUGGAAAGUGCAGUGAAGGUUGCAGCUGAAAUAUCCAUGGGAACAGAGGUAUCUGAGGAAGACAUUGAGCACAUUAUACACCUUUGUGAUCAGGUAGUUCAGAUCUCAGAAUACCGCACCCAGCUCUAUGACUACCUGAAAAACAGAAUGAUGGCCAUUGCUCCCAACUUGACUGUGAUGGUUGGAGAGCUGGUUGGAGCCAGACUGAUAGCACAUGCUGGUUCUUUGUUGAAUCUAGCAAAGCAUCCUGCAUCCACUGUGCAGAUCCUUGGUGCAGAAAAAGCACUGUUUAGAGCAUUGAAGACAAGAAGAGACACUCCAAAAUAUGGUCUUAUUUACCAUGCGUCACUGGUUGGACAGACCGCUCCAAAGAACAAGGGCAAGAUCUCCAGGAUGUUGGCGGCCAAGGCAUCUUUAGCAAUCCGGUAUGAUGCUCUUGGUGAGGAUACAAAUGCAGAAAUGGGUGUGGAGAACAGAGCCAAACUGGAGAUCCGAAUACGACACUUGGAAGAAAAAGGGAUGAGAAGGAUAAGUGGUACAGGAAAGGCUCGGGCACAGUCUGACAAAUAUCAGCAUAAGAGUGAAGUGAAAACAUAUGACCCAUCUGGGGAUUCGACUCUACCUUCUGUCGCAAAGAAAAGGAAGUUUGAGGAAGUGGAUGAUGAGGAAGAGCAAAAAGAAGUCAAGUCCAAAAAAAAGGCCAGACUUUUAGAGCCUCCUGUGACAGAAGCUGUAGAAGGGGCUGAGCCACCCACAAAGAAGAAAAAGAAGAAAGAAAAGAAGCAGGAGGUAGUUAUAAAACUGGAGGAAAAGGAGGAGCCAUCAACUUCUUUUGUUACAGAGGAGGCCCCAGAGAAGAAGAAGAAAAAGAAAAAGAAAAUAAAAAAUGAGUGAAGUGUAUCAAAUAAUGAGACUACAUUGUUGUCAUUUAUAGCUCUGUUGAGCCCUGACUGAAAAUGCUCUUUUUUUAUAAGGAGGAAAAUGUUUUUAUAAUGCAGGACAUUUGCAUUUUGAUAGCAGUUAUCAGAAAUAUUCUAUUGACAUAAGUCUAUUGCAUUGGAUUUUUCUGUAAAAAUUGUUCGCCUUUGGAUUGAGAAAUGGACUUUAGUUUUCUUUUGAGUGUCUUAUGUUAAUGCAUAUACCCCAUCCCCAACCACAUAAAUCCUGUCAAAUAUCAACUGUAACCCAAAAACACUUGACCUUUCCAUGUAGCAGUCAUGCUCAGAAUAAUGUUUUAUGAAAUACAUUUUCCUUUGUGCAGAUAAAAGACACUGAAUGGGACAGGAAUAUUGUUUUAAAAAGAACUGGUAUUUAUUUUUAAAUGCUGGUUUUAGUAAAAGUAACUAGGUUUAAAAACUCAAUCAGAUUGUGGAGAAUGCAGCAGCCCACUACAAACUUACACGCCUACUAUGGUGAAUUGGUAACCAGAGGAAAGGUUAAAAAUAAUUGGUUAAAGAACGAGAGAAAUUGUAAUGUUUUUCAUAUAGGUUAAGAUCUUGAACACAUUGCCUGCAAGAAUAGUGAAAUCAGAUUCCAUAAGUACAUUCGGAAGGCAAUUGGACAUGUACUGAAGAGAACUAAUUUAUAGGGUUAAGGGGAAAAAGCUGGGAUUUGGGACUGAAUUGGAUAGCUCCUUCAAAGAGCCAGCACAGGCACAACUGGCUCCCUUCUGUGCUGUACAGCUCCCAGAUUCUGAGCACAAAACCAAGGAUGUUAGUCCUUUGGCCUCAGCUGGAGCACUCUGUCUAAUUCUGGAUACCAUGAAUUAGGAAGAUUUCCAGGCCUUGGAAGCUGUGCAGCGAUUUAAAAAAAUGAUAGGGAUUUUAGUUGGAGCAGAGAAAGUUAAGGGAAGAAUUAAUGAAGGUGUUCCAAAUGAUUGAUUUUGAUAGAAUAGGUGGUGAAACUGUUUCCACUGGUAGGAUCAGUGGGCAAUCAAAUCAUAAAAUCAUACAUUUGAAAAUGUGAUUCAGUUAGUCCCCUGCUCUUACACUAUACAAGGUCAAUUAGCCCUAUUUAAAACAAUUGGCAAAAGAGCUGGGGUGAUGGGGAAGCCAGAGAAUUUUCAUGCAGCAAUUUAUGAUCUGGAAGGCAUUAUUUUAAUGGGUGGCAGAAACAGAUUCAGUCGUAACUUUCAAAAGAGAAUUGUGUAAUAUAUGUUGGGGAAAAAUAAUUGGAGCAUUUUGCCUUUCACAUAGGAUGUUAGCAUACAUCCUUUACCUCUAAUACAAGUCCAAAGACAAGCAGACACAAUGUCAGAUUUAAUACUCUUAAAGUGAGUCCACAAGAUAAUGUGAUUGCAUUGCAUGUAUAAGCUGUUUAGUGAUAAAGCUAGCUGUGGUUAUUUAUUACACAUGCACUGCUUGGUUAAAGAACAGGGGGACUCACUGAAUAAACAGCCUGCAUAAUUCUC